AUGAAUAAAUACCCUGCUCUUGCAGCAACAAAAAAGGAACCAGAAUACCAAGUUAACCCACCUUUGAAAAUUUCCUCAGUUGGAACAGAAAUUAAAAAAAAUAAUAGUUCAAUGCCUUUUGGCUCAGCAGUUUUGACUAAUACUGGAAACUCUUCAAAACUUAAAGAUAAUGGCAUUACCCAUAUUAUUCAUGCGACUCUCAUGUCGCAAGGGAGCGACGAGGGACUUUUUAUUGAAAAAGCGGUGCUAGCAAUGCAAAACUCGAUUAUCCUAGCCGACCUCCAAGGAUUUGACAAAUUAGCCACUUGCUUUUUGGCAGGAGGAAUUUAUUGUAAUAGUGAAAGCACUAAACCACACCUCGCUGACGCUCUUAUUGGAGGUGCUUUAAGUCAAUUAGAAAAAUGUCAAAGUCUAAAAGAGGUUAUUUUUGUUGAUUUUGAUGCAGAUUAUUUAAAGGAUGCUAGGGACAAAAUAGCGGGGGAGGUUAAUUGUCCGACAAACAUUAAUCAAACAAGAACCGAAAAAGGAGACAAAAACCAAAAUCUACUCCAUAAAAGUCUCCAUGGAACCAGUGGAGAGUUGGGAACGGAGGCCAGCAAUGUAGAUAAGCAAAGAAAAGAUUUAAUGAAAGAAUUUAAUGAUAUAAUAAACGGCAAGCGACAAGGAGAUAAUAAUAACCAAGAAAAAAUUAGUUUUUUAUUUCGCUAUGCUGGACGCGGAGGGAGUAUUUCCCGCCAAGGCAGUCAUUAUUCGAUGUUUUUUUCGGCUGAUGCUACACCUGAAAACGGAGGUAAAGGCAAAUAUACUAUUGAAAUUAGCGAAAAUCAUCCUAUUUUUUCUGAGGAAAAUAAAGAAUUGUUUGAAAAAGGAGAUUUUAUUGAAAUAGAGGAACAGCGACCACAAAAAGAUAAUGGCAACGAUAAUGGAGACCAGACAUCAAACCAAAAUAAUGACAACCAAAACCAACCCGCAAAAAACGAUAAUGACCAAAGUCCUAAUGAGCAAAAUGGUGAUGAGGACCAAAAACCUAGCAACAGCAAUGGUUCUAAUGGCAAUAAUUCUAACCGAAAUAAAAACAAAAACUCCUCCAACCCCAAUAUUCCUAACUCGGUCAAAGAAUAUUUUCGAAAAAAUAAGGAUUUAAAAGGCUAUUUACAAUCCCGAGGAAUAAAUUCUAUUAGUGAGGCAGAAUUAAAUAUUACUGAUAAUAUUACAAGCAAGAAUAAUAAUGAAACCAAAAAUGAAACUAAAUAUUGGCCAUGA